AAAAAGAGACAACACCAUAUUUGUUUGAAGGAAACGAAAAAAAAUUAUCAUUCUCAUUCGUCAGUGUCUGACUUCGCUUCAUUAUUCGGCAAAAUUCUUUGUAUUCUUUGCAAAAAUAAGGUAUUGAAUAGCUUUUGUGCAUAUUUUCAAGAAAAAAGAAAAAAACACUUGCAACAAUGGAUAACUACAUGUUUGACGGCGGUCGCAUCACCAAAAUGGAAGUUGACUAUCAACCAACAUGCGAUGAAAAAAUUCCCAAAGCCAUCGCCCAGGCCAAAUCCAAUCCCGAUGAAUUCCACGCCGCUAUCGAAACAAUGUUGCAAUUAGAAAAACAAACUCGCUUAGGUGCCGAUAUGGUUUCCUGCUCUCGUGUUUUAGUUGCAAUUUGUCAAAUUUGUUUCAAUGCUGGCAAUUGGAAUGCCCUCAAUGAAUUCAUUACUCUCUUAGCUCGUAGAAGGUCUCAACUCAAACAAGCUGUGAGUAAAAUGAUUCAAGAAUGUUGUAGUUAUGUUGACAAGACUCCCAACAAAGCUGUCAAAUUGAGUUUGAUUAAUACUUUGAGGUCAGUGACUGAGGGCAAGAUUUAUGUUGAAAUUGAAAGAGCCAGAUUGACAAAGAUCCUGGCUGACAUUAAAGAAGCCGAAGGAGAUAUUGCUGGAGCUGCUGCUGUAAUGGAAGAACUCCAAGUCGAGACUUAUGGUUCGAUGGAUAAAAGGGAAAAGGUUGAAUUGAUUUUGGAGCAAAUGCGAUUGUGUUUGCUUAAAGAAGAUUAUGUCUCCACUCAGAUCAUUGCUAAGAAAAUUAGUAUUAAAUUCUUUGAUGAUCCCAAGCAGCAGGAUCUAAAGGUCAAGUUUUACGACUUGAUGAUUCGUCUCGAUCGAGAUACAUCGUUUUUGAAGACUUCCCGUCAUUAUCAAGCGAUUGCUGAUCCAAAACCAGUCGAAGUGAAGGCUGACAAAGAGGAACCCGCUCCAGCAACUGGUUCUCCUUCGAAAGAAAAGGAGAAGAAAGUAGAAGAAGAGGUUGUUGCAAAGCCACCUCAAUUAACAAAAGAACAAAUUGAAGAUCAAAAGCAAAAGCUUAAAUUGGCAGUUGUCUAUUGCAUUUUAGCGCCUUAUGACAAUGAACAAAACGAUAUGAUGGCUCAUUUAGCUAAAAACAAAACUCUUGAAGACAUUCCUGUUUAUAAAGAGAUUCUCCGUUUGUUUAUGUGCAAAGAAUUGAUUAAUUUCGAUGCAUUUGAUGCUGAAUUUGGUUUUAUUCUCACAGAGAAUGUUAUCUUUCAAGAGAAUUCAGUGCAUGGCAAACGUUGUGCAACUGAGUUAAAAGAUCGUUUAAUCGAGCACAAUAUUCGUAUUAUCUCGAAUUAUUAUUCUCGGAUUUAUUUGAAGAGAAUGAGUGAAUUACUUGUUUUGCCAACUGACAAAUGUGAAGAGUAUUUGUCUAAGCUAGCAAAUGCUGAUACAAUUCGAGUUAAAAUUGAUCGUCCGGCAGAGAUUGUUUAUUUCACAACAAAGAAGACUUCAUCGGAUAUAUUAAAUAAUUGGGCACAGGAUACUAAUCAAUUGAUGGCGCUAGUUAAUAAGACUUGUCAUUUGAUUAAUAAGGAAGAGUGUAUUAACUCGGUUUUGGGAAUGGCUGUUGAAGCAUAAUUUAUAAUUCAAUUUUGUUUUUUUUUUCUAUUUUCUUGCUUAAGUAUAGCCAACAGUAAUGUUGGUUUAUUUGUAAAACAAAUAUAAUAAUUUAAA